AUGAAGUUCGCAUACAGGUUUUCAAAUUUGCUUGGGACAGUCUAUCGGUGUGGAAACUUAAAUUUUACCUGUGAUGGGAAUUCAGUUAUCAGCCCUGUGGGAAACAGAGUUACUGUGUUCGACUUGAAAAACAACAAGUCCAGCACCCUACCCCUGGCCACUCGCUACAACAUCAAGUGUGUGGGGCUGUCCCCGGACGGCCGCUUGGCCAUCAUUGUUGACGAAGGGGGCAAUGCGCUGCUGCUCAGCCUGGUCUGCCGGUCUGUGUUGCACCACUUCCACUUCAAGGGUGCUGUGCACAGCGUCUCCUUCUCCCCCGACGGCAGGAAAUUCGUCGUCACGAAAGGCAACCUUGCUCAGAUGUACCACGCCCCUGGGAAGAAGCGGGAAUUCAAUGCAUUUGUCCUGGACAAAACCUACUUUGGGCCGUAUGACGAGACCACGUGCAUUGACUGGACAGACGACUCCCGGUGCUUUGCAGUCGGGAGCAGAGACAUGUCCACAUGGGUGUUUGGGGCCGAGCGCUGGGACAAUCUCAUCUACUACGCGCUGGGGGGACACAAGGAUGCCAUCGUGGCCUGCUUCUUCGAGGCCAGCAGCCUGGACCUGUACACGCUCAGCCAGGACGGCGCCCUGUGCAUGUGGCAGUGCGACACCCUUCCUGAGGACCUGAGGCUGAAGGCCCCCACAGGCUGGAAGGCAGACCUGCUGCAGAGGGAGGAGGAGGAGGGGGAGGAGGAGGAGGAGAGGGAGACCACCGUCCGUGGGAAGGCCACACCGGCCGCGGAGGAGCAGCAGGGGAAAGUGAAGUACUCGCGGCUGGCCAAAUACUUUUUCAACAAAGAAGGAGAUUUUAACAAUCUGACAGCUGCUGCAUAUCACAAGAAGGUCCACCUCUUGGUCACUGGUUUUGCUUCUGGAAUCUUCCACCUUCAUGAGCUCCCAGAGUUCAACCUCAUCCACUCUCUGAGCAUCUCGGAUCAGAGGGUUGCAUCCGUCGCUAUCAACAGCUCUGGGGACUGGAUCGCCUUCGGGUGCUCAGGCCUGGGCCAGCUGCUGGUGUGGGAGUGGCAGAGCGAGUCCUACGUGCUCAAGCAGCAGGGCCACUUCAACAGCAUGGUGUCCCUGGCCUACUCCCCCGACGGGCAGUACAUCGUGACUGGCGGGGACGAUGGCAAGGUCAAGGUGUGGAACACCCUCAGUGGCUUCUGCUUUGUCACUUUCACGGAGCACUCAAGUGGAGUCACCGGCGUGGCCUUCACCACCACUGGCUACGUCAUCGUGACCUCCUCCAUGGACGGGACUGUGCGCGCCUUCGAUCUUCACAGGUACCGGAACUUCCGCACCUUCACAUCCCCGCGCCCCACCCAGUUCUCCUGCGUGGCUGUGGACUCGAGCGGGGAGAUCGUCUCUGCUGGGGCACAGGACUCUUUCGAGGUCUUCAUCUGGUCCAUGCAGACGGGCCGGCUCCUUGAUGUUUUGUCCGGCCACGAGGGGCCCAUCAGCGGACUGUGUUUUAACCCCAUGAAGUCGGUCCUGGCCAGUGCCUCCUGGGACAGGACGGUGCGUCUGUGGGACAUGGCGGACAGCUGGAGGACCACAGAGACGCUGGCCCUCACCUCUGACGCUCUGGCCGUGACCUUUCGCCCUGACGGUGCCGAGCUGGCCGUGGCCACACUGAACUCACAGAUCACCUUCUGGGACCCCGAGAACGCAGUGCAGACGGGCUCCAUCGAGGGCAGGCACGACCUCAAGACGGGCAGGAAGGAGCUGGACAAGAUCACUGCCAAGCACUCAGCCAAGGGGAAGGCCUUCACCACUCUGUGCUACUCCGCGGACGGCCAGAGCAUCCUGGCGGGAGGGAUGUCCAAGUUCGUGUGCAUCUAUCACGUCAGGGAGCAGAUUCUCAGGAAGAAGUUCGAGAUCUCCUGCAACCUGUCUCUGGACGCCAUGGAGGAAUUUUUGAACCGAAGAAAAAUGACAGAGUUCGGCAACCUGGCACUCAUUGACCAAGACGCUGCAGAGGAGGGCGGGGUCGCCAUCCCACUGCCGGGCGUGAAGAAAGGUGACAUGAGCUCCCGGCACUUCAAACCUGAGAUCAGGGUGACUUCACUCCGCUUCUCCCCCACCGGGCGCUGCUGGGCGGCCACUACCACCGAGGGGCUCCUCAUUUAUUCCCUGGACGCCCAGAUGCUCUUUGACCCAUUCGAGCUGGACACCAGCGUCACCCCUGCACGGAUCCGGGCGGCACUGCGCCAGCGGGACUUCACCAGGGCCAUCCUCCUGGCCUUCCGGCUCAACGAGAGGAAGCUGCUGCAGGAGACCCUGGAGGCGGUGCCCUGGGACGAGAUCGAGGUCAUAAGCUCCUCCCUGCCCGACUUGUACGUGGAGAAGGUGCUGGAAUUUUUAGCUUCAUCCUUUGAAGUGUCUCGCCAUCUAGAAUUCUACCUCAUAUGGACUCAGAAACUGCUCAUGGUGCACGGACAGAAGCUGAAGUCCAGAGUGGGGACGCUGCUGCCGGCGGUCCAGUUCCUUCAGAAGAGCAUCCAGCGCCACUUGGACGAUGUCUCCAAACUCUGCGACUGGAACCGCUACAACCUGCAGUACGCGCUGGCCGUCUCGAAGCAGCGGGGCCUGAAGCGGCCCUCAGAGCCGCCGGGCAGCGAGGAGGAGGCAGACACGUCCGAGAACGACGAUGACAGUCUGCAUCUGCUCGGGGGAGGGCCUGGGCACGCGGACGGGCCACUGGCCUAG